AUGAAGAUGUUGACUAAAUUUGAGUCCAAGUCAUCAAGGGCUAAAGGGGUGGCAUUUCAUCCUAAAAGACCUUGGUGCUUGGUAUCUUUACAUUCAUCCACUAUUCAAUUAUGGGAUUAUAGAAUGGGUACCUUGAUUGAUCGUUUUGAAGAUCAUGUGGGUCCUGUGAGAACAGUUAAUUUUCAUCCAACGCAACCAUUGUUUGUUUCAGGUGGUGAUGAUUAUUCCAUCAAGGUCUGGUCAUUGAAUACAAGAAAGUGUAUUUUUACAUUGAAUGGACACUUGGAUUAUGUUCGUGGAGUUUCUUUCCAUCAUGAUUUGCCAUGGAUUUUGUCAUGUUCCGAUGACCAGACUAUUAGAAUUUGGAAUUGGCAAAAUAGACAAGAGAUUGCUUGUUUGACUGGUCACAACCAUUAUGUUAUGAGUGCCCAAUUCCAUCCGACUGAAGAUUUAAUUGUUUCAGCAAGUUUGGAUCAAACCGUUCGUGUAUGGGAUAUUUCUGGUUUGAGAAAGAAGCAUUCAGCACCAACAUCAACAAGAUCAUUUGAAGACCAACUUCAGAGAAACCAAUUGCCACAACAAGAUAUCUUUGGUAAUAUCAAUGCCAUUGUCAAGUAUGUUUUGGAGGGUCAUGAUAAAGGUGUCAACUAUGCCGCUUUCCACCCUACUUUACCAUUGAUUGUGUCUGCUGGGGAUGACAGAUUGGUUAAGUUAUGGAGAAUGAGUGAUACUAAAGCUUGGGAAGUUGACACUUGCAGAGGUCAUACUGGCAAUGUAUUGAGUGCUAUCUUCCAUCCACACCAAGACCUCAUCUUGUCAGUUUCUGAUGACAAGACAAUUAGAGUUUGGGAUUUGAACAAGCGUGUUCCAAUUAAGCAGUUUAGAAGAGAACAUGAUCGUUUUUGGUUAAUUGCAAGCCAUCCAAGCAUCAACCUUUUUGCAGCUUGUCACGACUCGGGUGUAAUGGUUUUCAAACUAGAAAGGGAAAGACCGGCACAUGCACUUUUCCAAAACAGAUUGUUUUACAUUAAUGCAGAGAAGCAAGUUCAAGCAUUUGAUUUCCAAAAGCAAGAAAGUACUUUGCCAAUGUUGUCGUUGAAGAAGAUUGGUAAAGCGUGGUCUUUUAUGAGAACUUUGGCUUAUAAUUCAACUGAUAAUUCUAUUUUGGUUGUUCAUGGAGAAGGUGACAAUUCAAACUAUGCUUUGAUUACAUUGCCCAAACAUGCCACCGGUGCGAUUGAACCAACUGAUAUUAGACAAGGAGAAGGAAACUUUGCCACAUUCAUUUCUCGUAAUAGGUUUGUUGUAUUUAUUAAAGGUUCGAAGACAUUGCAUGUCAAGGAUUUGAGCAACAAUGUGACCAAAACCAUUCAGUUAGACCUGUCAGUCAAUGAUGUGUUACCAGGUGGACCUGGACGUGUGUUGUUAGUCAAGUCACAUUCAGUGAUUAAUUACGAUGUCCAACAAAAGAAGGAAUUGGCAGAGCUUAGUGUAAACAAUGUCAAGUAUGUCAGCUGGUCUAAUGAUGGUCAAUACUUGGCACUUUUGUCAAAACACACAAUCACCAUCGCCACUAAGGACUUAGAAUUGAUUACAUCGAUGCAUGAAACAAUUAGAAUUAAGAGCGCUUCAUGGGAUGACUCUGGUGUAUUGUUGUACUCGACAUUGAACCACAUCAAGUACACUUUGUUGAAUGGCGACAAUGGUAUCAUCAAAACCUUGGAGAAUACUGUUUACAUUACCAAAGUUACUGGAAACUUGGUUUACUGCUUGAACCGUUCUGGACAGGUUGAAGUUAUCAAGAUUGAUCCAACUGAGUACAGAUUCAAGCGUGCUUUGGUGAAUAAAAACUUUGGUGAAGUUUUAAGAAUCAUUAAAAACUCCACUUUGGUAGGACAAAAUAUCAUUAGUUAUUUGCAAAAGAAGGGGUUCCCAGAAGUUGCUUUACAUUUUGUUCAAGAUCCAGAAACCAGAUUUGAAUUGGCUUUGGAAUGCAGCAACUUACAAGUUGCAUUAGAGCAAGCCAAGAUCUUGAACAAUAACACGAUUUGGGAGAAAUUGGGCGAAGAAGCAUUGUUGCAGGGAAACAUUGAUAUUGUUGAAUUUGUUUACCAACAAUUGCAUUUGUUUGAUAAAUUGGCAUUUUUGUAUUUGUUCAAAGGUGACACUGAGAGAUUGAAUAAAAUGACCACUAUUGCAGAACAUAGAGGUGACGUUUCUGCUGUGGUUCAAAAUACGUUGUAUAGCAACGAUGUGAAAAAGAGAUGCGAAGUGUACAUCAAGAGUGGUAUGUUGCCAUUAGCUUACACUUUGGCUAAAUCAAACAACUUGAAUGAUUAUGCCGCUCAGAUUUUGGAGGAGGCUGGCGUUUCUGAAAAGGAUGUUGAGUUACCCGAGUUGGGCGAUGCUGUUCCUCUUCCUCAACCAAUUGCUGAACCAGUUACAAACUGGCCAUUGAAAGAAUCAUCCUUGUCGUACUUUGAAACUGCUUUGCUCACUGGUAAAGUUGAAAACUUGUCUCUCGAAGAUGAUCAUGCGAAAGAAGUCACUGCUGGCGCAGAUGCAAAUGAUGUUAGCUUACAAUAUGAUGAUGAGCUUGAAGAUGGUGAAGAAGAAGGCGAUGCUUGGGAUCUUGACGAAGAGUUGGAUAUUGGAGACGAUGAUGAUUUGGUUGGUGAUGAAGCAACGGAAGCAGUUGCUACAGCAGCUACUCUGGAGAAUGAAAUUGGUGAUUGGUUGCGUAAUGCCAAGACUCCCGCCACUUAUGUUGCAGCUGGUGCUCUAGAACAAGCUGCAUUAUUGUUGAAUAAACAAGUUGGUGUUUCGAACUUUGAACCAUUGCGUGAAAGGUUCUUGCAAGUCUAUGGUGCUUCUAAAUUGUACUUGCCCGGUGUCAAUGACUUACCUGCUAUGAAAACAUACAUUAGAGAAGACACCGAUGAAGAAGAUCCAAAGAAAUUCAGACCAGUCGUUCCUGGGUAUGAUACCUUGGAGGAGCAAUUGCAACUAGCAUUUAAGAAAUUCAAGGCCAAUAAUCUCGAAGAUGCAAUUAAAACUUUCAGAUCAGUCAUUUACACAAUCACAGUGUUGAAUGUUGAUGAUGAAGCAGCAGAGACAAAAUGUCAAGAAGUAUUGGUUUUGUGUCGUGAAUACAUUCUUGGAUUGUCUAUUGAAUUGGCACGUCGUGCAUUACCACCAACUGAUGUCAAACGCAACUUGGAAUUGGCAUCAUAUUUCACCAAGGUGCAGUUACAGCCAGCCCAUAAAUUAAAUGCAUUGAAUGUGGCCAUGACCCAAUCGUUCAAAAACAAGAACUUCGCUAGCGCUUCUUAUUUCGCUGAAGAAUUUUUGAAAAUAUCAAACACCGGUCCACGGGCCGAUCAAGCAACCAAAUUGAAAGCCAAAGCCGAUGCGGUUGCGAGUGACUCUGUUGAAAUCGAUUUUGAUCCAUUUGCUGAAUUCACCAUUUGUAGUGGAAGUUUCACUCCAAUAUACAAUGGUGAGCCUAGUGUUACUGAAGCAUUGGUUGGUGCUACCUAUAAGCCACAAUUUAAAGGAUCUGUUUGUAAGAUUACCGAGAUUACUACAGUUGGUGUUCCUGCUUCUGGAUUGCGUAUAAGAACAUAG